AUGGGUUUUGAGAUUGAAAUUGACUUCCGAUCAAGUUUGUUGUCAUGUGCUACUUGUGCAAUCAUAUUUGGGCCGUAUCGGGGAUGUGAUGCAUCACUAUUCCUAGACCAGACACCAAGUGGGGCAAGGGUAGAGAAGCUCGCCAACUCCAAUGGACCAACAGUUAGGGGAUUUGAUCUCAUUGACGAGAUCAAGGCUGAGCUUGAGGCAGAAUGUCCCGGUGUAGUCUCGUGCACAGAUCUUUUGGCAUAUUUAUCAAGGGAUGCCUUUGUUGUAUCCGGUGUCCCUCACUACGACGUGCCUGGUGGACGUCGUGAUGGAAUGGAAUCCCUUGAAGCAAAUGUUCCCGGCAACCUCCCACUUCCUGAUAAUACAGUGGAUAUGUUGAUUGACCUCUUUAAAAGGAAAGGCCUGAAUGAAGAGGAUUUGGUGGUUUUAAUUGGUGCCCACUCCAUUGGAGUAGCCCAUUGUUUCAGCUUCCUUUACAGAUUGGAUAAUCCUCAGAAGGCGGCCAUGGUAGAUCCAAGGCUCGCUGGAGUUAUGAGAUUCACAUGUACCAACCAAAUGAAUACUUUGGCUUUUGAUACCACCACACAGUACAAGAUGGAUUCUAUUUACUACAAGCAGCUGACUGAAAAGAGAGGACUACUUGAAUCAGAUGUGCUUUUGAGUGAAGAUCCCAGAACAAAGGACUAUAUCCAGAAGUUUGGUCAUGACCAAUCAGGAUGGUUCAAUAAGUUGGGCAAGGCCAUGAACAAGUUGGCUUCAAUACAAGUGCUCACUGGUGACCAGGGGCAGAUCAGGAAACAGUGCAGGGCUGUUAACUGA